GAGUCAGAAAAGAUGAUUGGCUGAAGACUAAAGAAAGAAGGAAUGAAGAGAAUGUCACCAUGUCCAGCGCUAACAACACAGAGACCCUUACCAAAAAUGCUGCUCCCCAAAGAAGAAGGAGCAAAACUGACCCUCCUUACUUUUCAGAGGAUGUGAAGCUGAAUCUUGUUGUGUGUGGGAGUGACGGAACAUUAAAAUCCUCCAUAUCAGAGCUGAUCCUGCAGCAGACAGACAGAACAUCAGAUGUGGAGCUUCAUGGACAUCUGAUCAGUCUGGUGGAGCUUCCAGCUCUGUUCAACACUCGGCUCUCAGAGGAGGAAGUGAUGCGUCAGACUCUCCACUGUGUGUCUCUCUGUGAUCCUGGAGUUCAUGUUUUCCUCCUCAUUAUUCCUGAUGCUCCCCUCAAUAAUGAAGACAAAGCAGAAAUAGAGGAGAUCCAGAGGAUCUUCAGCUCCAGAAUCAACAAACACAUGAUGAUCCUCAUAAUGCAGAGUUCAGAGCAUCAGACAGCAGAACUCAAUGAAGAAACACAGUCUGUCAUUGAGAGAUUUGGAGGACGACAUCAUUUCUUUGGUCCCAACACACAAGUGUCCACACUGAUGGAGAACAUUGAGAAGAUGCUGGAAGAAAACAGAGGAGAGUUUUACUCCACAGAGACAUUUCUGGAGGCACAGAUGGAAUAUGAAGAGAUGAAGAAGACAAUCCAUUCACUAGAGACACAUUUAAUGCAACAAGGCAAUGACCAGAAAGUCCGUUUGAGUCUCCGAGAUGAACAGAGAAUUGUUCUUUUGGGAAAAACUGGAGUUGGGAAAAGUUCAACUGGAAACACAAUUUUAGGAAGAGAUGCAUUUACAGCAGAAACAUCUCAAGAGUCAGUGACUAAAGAGAGUUGGAGAGAAACAUCUGAAAUCAACGGCCGGCGCGUUACUGUGAUCGACACUCCAGGACUGUUUGAUACUGAACUGAGUAAUGAGGAGAUCCAGAGAGAAAUCAGACACUGCAUCUCCAUGAUCCUGCCUGGACCACAUGCGUUUCUCCUACUGAUUCCACUGGGAAGAUUCAUUAAACAUGAGGAAACAUCCGUGAAGAUUAUCCAAGAGAUGUUUGGUGAGAAAUCUUUAAAGUACACCAUGGUGCUCUUCACCAGAGGAGAUGAUCUGAAGAACAAAACUAUUGAACAGUGUUUGGGAAAACCUGGAUCUCCUUUGAUGAAUCUGAUUGAAGCGUGUGGAAACAGAUUCCAUGUGUUCAAUAAUAAUCAGACUGGAGACCUAACACAGGUGUCUGAUCUACUGGAGAGGAUAGACAACAUGGUGACAGUGAACGGAGGGAGUUUCUACUCAUGUAAGAUGUUCAGAGAGAUGGAGAGAGAAAAACAAGAACAACAGAUGAAGAUCCUGAUGGACAGAGACAGAGAAAGAGAAGAAGAGAUAGACAAACUAGAAGAAGAGAUUAAGAGAGAACAAGAGGAAUGGGAGAAACAAAAACUAGAGGAAAAGAUGAGAAGAGAAGAAGAUGGUGAAAAAAGAAGAGAGAGAGAAAAGCAGAUUUCUGAUGAACAGAUUCAGAGACUGAAGAGUGAAAUGGAGGGAAUAAUCAGAGAGAAAGAGAGAAUAAAAAGAGAGAGACAAGAACAACUAGAGGAUUUAGAGAAGAGACUGAAACAACAACAUGAAGAACUGAAGAGAAGACAAGUGGAGUUGAGAGAGGAAUAUGAAAGAAAGAAAGAGGAGAUGAAGAUCUGCUCAGAAACUGAUGAGUCGCUGCAGGUGGGUAAUGAAGAGGUUCUGUCACACUGUAGCAGCAGCAUUCGGACAAACAUUGCCCUACCAAGUACCGGGACGAUGAUUCGUCGUUACCACAAUACUGAGCAACGUGUUCAAACAUUUGAAUGUGUAAUCACAAAGGAUGGCAAACAAAUUGUCAAUGAACAAAUUGAAUGUUUUUCAUCUGAUUAAAGGCUACUCCUUCACCUAAACUAGAAAUCUGAUAUUUGCAUUCCUAUUCAGUUGUUUUACUUUUCUUUCCAUUGUCAAAGUUUUCACAUAAACUUUCAGAAAAAAACUGCGGAAUAUAUCUUUAGAUGUUCACCUCAUUCAUGAAUCACUUAAUCAUUGUGACAUUUUCCAUUAAAUAUUA